UGUCACCUGCGAAAAAAAAAUCAAGGAGAGCUGCGGGAGUGAUGGCUUCCAGAGAGGGGAGAGGGCACUCGCUACCCGCUGCUUUCCCCGCCCGUCCCGGCUCAGAUCAGCCCCCACGGAGCACGGACGCCGUCCUCACCCGCAGGCCGCCACCCCAGCACGGCGCCCGCCUACCGCCAAUCAGCGAGGCCGACGGCGCUCUAGGCCCGCCUCCCAGCCAAAGCAACCAAUCAGACUCCGAGAUGGGCCGAUCCUUCCGCUCACUGAUUGGUGAUUCGGAAGAACUGUUUUCGUCGUGCUCGCCCCUUGGGGAGAUGUACCGUUGUCAUGGUUUCCUCGCGCGACUUCCGCCCGCGGGCGACGAGCGGGAUGUCACUUCCGCAGCGAUGGCGGCGGCGUGCGGCCGGGGUCUGCUGGCUCCGCUCGGCGGGUGGCUGCGGGCCUGCCCACGGGCCCCGCUCCGCUCCCUCACUGCCGCCGCGCCGCUCUACGACGUGGUGGUUUCGGGCGGCGGUAUGGUCGGCAGUGCUAUGGCCGCCGCGCUCGGGCAUGACAUCCAUUUCCAUGAUAAGAAAAUUGCUUUGCUGGAGGCUGGGCCUAGGAAAGAAUAUCGCUUGCCAGAGAGUUACAGCAACAGGGUCAGCUCCAUCUCCCCCGGAUCAGCAACCCUCCUGAGCAGUUUUGGUGCCUGGGAUCACGUCUGCAGCCUGAGAUGUAAACCAUUCCGACGCAUGCAGGUGUGGGAUGCUUGUUCUGAAGCCAUCAUCACUUUUGAGAAAGAUGACUUAGAUGACAUGGGUUACAUAGUGGAGAAUGAUGUCAUUAUGUCUGCUCUCACAAAACAGUUAGAUGCAGUAGCAGACCGGGUGGAGGUUUUCUACGGGAGCAGAGCAGUCGGGUAUACCUGGCCCCUUCCCUCUCACAGCUGUGACACAAGCCCUUGGGUCCAAAUUGAGUUAGCUGAUGGACGCAGACUUCAGACCAAACUGCUGAUUGGUGCGGAUGGCCAUAACUCCGUAGUCCGGAAGGAAGCUGAAAUUCAGAACAUUGAGCAUCAGUAUGACCAGUCAGCUGUGGUGGCAACUCUUCAUUUGUCUGAGGCCACAGACAAUAACGUAGCAUGGCAGAGGUUCCUUCCUGCAGGGCCAAUUGCGCUUCUUCCGUUGUCUGACACUGCCAGCUCUCUGGUUUGGUCUACGUCUCAUGAACAUGCAUCGGAACUUCUCACUAUGGACAAGGAAAGUUUUGUGGAUAGCAUCAACUCUGCCUUUUGGAGCAACGUAAACCAUUCUGACUUCAUUGAUGCUGCUGGAGCCAUGUUUCGAUCUGCUCUUUCACUUCUGAAACCCUCAGGGACUGCAGUGCGUCAGCUGCCCCCAAGUGUUGCUAAAGUAGAUCCAGAGAGCAGAGCCGUGUUCCCUCUGGGGAUGGGGCAUGCGACAGAGUACGUCCGGCACCGCGUAGCUCUGAUCGGGGAUGCAGCGCACAGAGUCCACCCGCUUGCAGGACAAGGUGUAAACCUGGGUUUUGGUGAUAUUGCAUGUUUAGCUCAUCACCUCAGUGCAGCAGCCUUCAAUGGGCAUGAUCUGGGAUCUUUAAAACAUCUCCUAAGGUUUGAGACAGAACGUCAGAGGCACAAUGUCUCCUUGAUAGCUGCUAUUGAUUUGCUGAAGAGGCUUUACUCCACAAACCUGGCUCCCUUGGUGUUGCUGAGGACAUGGGGAUUGCAAGCGACAAAUGCCCUGUCUCCUGUCAAAGUGAGAUUCUUCCUUUGUACACAAGCCAUUGAAGAAUUUUUCUAAAGAAACAUCUUUUGGUUGGAAAAUGCUAAGUUGUUCGAACUGAGGUUUUGUAUUAUGAAUGAGCCUGAGGAUUUCCUAAAUAACUUGCGGCUCGGUGGUAACAGGUUUCUUCUGCAGGACAGGGGAACAUGAAGGAUCUCAGUAUCUAUACUCUGUGUCAGUAGUUGUGGGUUAAAAGUCAGUAGUAGUCUUUGGCUCUAUUUUGCCAUGGAAUGCAAACAUGGAACUUUGAACUGCAUUCCAGAAAUGCACUGUGAAAAAAAUAGCCCUCUGAAAACAAAUCUUCCUUAAGAGUGAGACACCAGGUGACUUGACAGAUGUGGGGUGUGACUUAGACAGGUAUCUGUUUCUGUGCUGUUGUGCCCUGUUAAAUUGUUCUCUCCUGGUUUAAGUUCAGGCCUUCAGUGGAAGUUACCUGAGGAGGUUCAGGCUUAAACACAGAACCUCUGUUUGCAGCCUAGCUGCCAGAAUCUUGCACAGCAUUGACCCAGUUGGUGGAUUUUCAUGAUGUUCAUUGAGCCACCUGCUCUCAAAGCUCCCACAUGCCUUCAAAUUAGAUUUCUCAUUUCGGAAUUCAACUGUUGCACAAAUCAAGUCACCUUCUUACUAUUAAACACAGAUGGUCAGUCUCCUGUGCAUACAUCACACUAAGACACUAGGCUGAAUUGUAGAGAUGUCUCAGUUAGUUGUACUAGGAAGAACAGUGUGCUGCUGCUUCAGUACUUGGUGUUUUUUCACUUUCUCUGUUGAAAGCAGAAAGCCAAAUGAAGGCCUCUUUUCUGAGCACAGAACAUGUUGGUUAUAUCUGUUUUGUGCUAUUCAAGAAGGAGAAGAAUGCUGCAGCUUCUUUAAUUUCCUUGUAUUCAGGGAUAGGUGCUUUGCACUUAACUAAAAAGGCUGGCAAGGAACUCUUGUCCACGUGGAAAGGGGAAGGCGAUUAUAGCUGCUUUCUGAAAUGUAUACUUAUCACCAAUUUACAAAUUACUUUUCUUUCUCCCU